AUGGCUCCUGCCGGUGAUGACGAUCAUCGUCGUGAGACGGUGAUCGACAUAGGAAAGCCAGUUAGUUUCACGGGUGGGCUUGAAUUUUCGAGCCUUACAUAUACAGUGACAAAGAAAAUGAAUCUUGAAGGAGGGAAGUCGACGAGGCAAGUUGAAGUAGACCUGCUGAACAGGAUUACUGGGUAUGCUCCAAAGGGUUGCAUCACCGCAGUGAUGGGUCCGAGUGGCGCAGGGAAAUCUACCCUCUUGGAUGGAUUGGCUGGGAGAAUAGCUUCUGGGAGUCUUAAGGGCAGGGUGUCCUUGGAUGGCAUGGAAACGAGCCCCGGGCUGAUUAAAAGGACCUCUGCAUAUAUUAUGCAGGAUGAUAAACUGUUCCCAAUGCUUACUGUGUAUGAGACUUUGAUGUAUGCGGCUGAUUUUCGGCUUGGUCCAAUCUCAACUGCCGAUAAGCAGCAGCGUGUGGAGAAGCUCAUCGAGCAGCUUGGAUUAUCAUCAUGUCAGAACACCUAUAUAGGUGAUGAGGGGAAGAGAGGAGUGUCCGGUGGAGAGCGUCGGAGAGUGUCAAUAGGGGUGGACAUCAUUCAUGGACCAUCAUUACUAUUCCUAGACGAGCCAACUUCAGGUCUAGACUCAACCAGUGCUCAUAGCGUCAUAGAAAAGGUGCACCAUAUUGCACGCUCAGGCAGUACUGUGAUCCUCACAAUCCACCAGCCCUCAUCCAGGAUCCAGCUCCUCCUCGACCACCUCAUAAUCCUUGCUCGUGGCCAGCUCAUGUAUCAAGGAUCCCCUAAAGAUGUUGCCCAUCAUUUAGCACAAAUAGGAAGGAAAGUCCCCAAGGGAGAGAACUCCGUCGAGUACUUGAUCGAUGUGAUUCAGCAGUAUGAUCAAUCUGAACUCGGAGUUGAGGCGCUUGCUAAAUUUGCGCUUACCGGUCUGAAGCCCCCGCCAUUGGUAGGUGAGGAGAUAUCAGUUUCAAGUGUAGCACCAACGUCGACUCCGGCACAACGCAGCAGUCAUGAUCAGGCUUCAGAAGUGAUCAGUGAUCAGAUGGGAAUUAUUAAGGCUGGAAAGCGGCAAACAAAUAAUGUUGGUCAAGCUGACUAUUCUUAUGAUCACAGCUUGAGAAGCUCGUAUAAUAGUAAUUCAAAGUCAUGGAGUGCUAGCGACCUUGGAGUUCUUCAAGUACUGAGGCUUACUCCUUCCCGGACUAAUCAGAAAGUGCCCAUCUCCAUGAGCUUAUCCCCCAGAUAUUAUGAUCAAUAUUCGAGUGAAAUCAUAGCCGGGACACCUCAAAGCAGCGACUACACUGUCAAUGAAAGCGACUAUCUCACUCCCGAAGAUCAUGCUCCAAUGGCAAACAACCAUCUGGGCCCAAAGUUUGCUAAUUCAUUCUUCUCGGAGACUAUGAUACUCAUGCACCGCAACUUCAAAAACAUCUAUCGUACACCUGAGCUUUUCCUCUCAAGACUAAUGGUCCUCACCGUCAUGGGUAUCAUGAUGGCCACCAUGUUCAAGAACCCUAAACCAGACUUGCAAGGAAUCACAAACCGCAUCAGCUUCUUCAUCUUCACCGUCUGCCUCUUCUUCUUUUCUUCCAACGAUGCUGUCCCGGCCUUCAUUCAAGAGCGUUUCAUUUUCAUCCGAGAGACUUCCCACAAUGCAUAUAGAGCCUCGUCUUAUACCAUUGCAGGUCUCAUUACUUACCUUCCUUUCCUUGCUCUUCAGGCAGCAGUCUAUGCUGCUAUUGUGUGGUUUGCUUUGGAACUUCGGGGACCUUUCAUAUAUUUCUUGAUCGUUCUCUACGUCGCCCUUCUCUCAACAAACUCGUUUGUGGUAUUUGUGAGCUCGGUGGUGCCCAACUAUAUCUUGGGUUAUGCUGCAGUCAUUGCUUUCACUGCCCUUUUCUUCUUGUUCUGUGGGUACUUCUUGAAUAGCCAUGACAUUCCUUUUUACUGGAAGUGGAUGAACAAGAUUUCCACAAUGACAUAUCCAUAUGAAGGGCUUUUGAUGAACCAGUAUCAGACGGAUGUUUCUUUUGGAACCAACUCUAAUGGAGAGAUUGUGUCUGGUCAUAACAUUCUGGACAAGCUUAAUAUUCUAGGCGGUGAACAAGAUAAAUGGGCGAAAGUGCUCAUAAUGUUGGGUUGGGCUGUUCUAUAUAGGGUUUUGUUUUACUUGGUUCUACGUUUUGGGUCGAAGAGCCAGAGGACGUAGGAAAGCAAGGACGAGAUAAGAAAGAGGCUGCCAAAGUGUGAUCUUGAAAUUGCUUAAUUUGCAGACAGUUUUUCUUAACAACAGAUGAGCUGUUGAUCUGUAUAGCAUGCUCAUGCUAAUUAAGAUAUAAGCUUCAAUGGACAUGUCAAAAAUAUUUUCCUUGGCAACAAUUGAUAUGCAUGUCUUUAUGCUAUAAGCAAUUGAAAUUUACUGUUUCAAAAGUGUAAGUGGGUUUUGGAAGGGAGAAUGAUGCAAUUGAA